AUGGAGGAAGGGGACACUUGGGCGACUUUAUUUUUCUCUGGUAGCCCUCUAGAUAUUCUGCAAACCAGCGAACUCGACAAUAAAACGUUCCGGCCAUUCUGUGCCGAAGACGAUAAAUGGAAACUCAGGUCCCGAGUCGACAUUCAAAGAGCAUCGGAUGCAAAUGCCAUACAGGUAUUUUGGCUUUGGAUCAAUGGACACAGAAAAUAUAUAGGCAAGGUUUUUCCUACCUAUACUGAGGAAGACGCCAAAAUUCAGCUUCAUCGUAUUAGUGUAUACCCGACCCCGGAAAUGAUAAGCAAUGCUAUGCAUGAGUUCGAUAGAUUUUCCCGGGAGGCUCGAGCAUAUAGUCAUAUUGACCUGUAUUGCUCCAGCCGUGAAAGAGUAUAUUUCCCACGAUUCUACGGAGUGGUCACUGAUAUGCCGCGAUCCCGAUUACGUUCGGGAUAUUGGCACCAGCGAGCGGUUAUACUUGAGGCUAUUAGAUCGGACUUGGGCUCUCGACGUGUUCUUAGUCAAGAUGUCGAUCUUAGUCGGGAUAUCGAUCAACUGCCCGAAGGAUUCUUGACGACUCUUGAAAGGCUAUCCAAAAGGCUUUGGACCAUCACCGAAACGAUGUUUCUAAGUCCAUUUGAACAGGAGUGGUAUCAGUCUUUACUAAAAGACCGACUUCGUCGCUUAAAUGCUCUGCAUCGAGUUGGGAUAACCCAUGGAGAUAUCCAUGACUUUCAUUUCCGACUUCCCGAUGACUUUUACGAUACUGUUCUAUACGACUUCUCCGCGUCGUAUACAUUCUCUGAAACGAAGCCUUUUCGGGUGAAUUCUGGGAGACCUCGGCCUUUAAGUCGUAUCUCAGAGGGUGAACGUGAACGUGUCCUACUGAGCAUACAAGAUCGAGCCGCCUCUCGGGACCUUCGUCUCUACCUUACAACAUCAAAUUCGGGAACUUCGGUUGAUAAUGCACUCUGGCAGCCUCUUGACAAAGAGGAGGGAUUGUUGGAGUUGAUCAUAAUAAAAGUAUCCCAUCGCCCAGAUGGCUUUUCAAUGCCCACCUUGAAUUCUAUUUUCCCUUUCCUAGAAGCGGUUUGCCCAAAGUCUGACCUAUGUUGGCAUAUUCGCAGAGGCAGGCUUUUACAUCACUAUAAAUCAGUUUGGGCAGUAUCUCGGGACGAAGAAACCCAACCUAUAUCCUUUGAUUGUGAGCGGGAAUUCAGAACGAUCGAGACAACGAAGGACUCUCGCUUUAUGCUCUGCUUAGUGCCAAAUUCGUGGAUUAUAUCAUUGAAGAUGAAUCCUGAUGUUAGCGGACAUUAUGACAGGCUACAGCAAUUUUGCUCGAGUCUUAUUUCAGCCGAAUCCCCCGGUGUGGUUAUUGGAAGAGGUGAAUUUUUGAAAGAUGCGGAGAUCACAAAGACUCCUAUAUGA